AUGUCGAGUGACUUAGUAUAUGCAGGUCAACAAUUAACAAUUUAUUUCGGCUCAUUUCUUAUUAUAAUGGGUGUAAUUGGAAAUGGAAUUAAUAUUUUGGUUUUUUCAACUGUUCGUAAUUAUCGCCAGACACCUUGUACAUUUUAUUUUCUUAUCGGAUCAAUAUUUAAUUCAAUAUUUAUCUUAGUAAACCUCACAACACGUGUUGCGGCUGGAGGUUUUGGUAUUGAUUUAACACGUACAUCACUUAUCUGGUGUAAAAUUCGAUCAUUCAGUUUGAUGACUGUGGGUUUAAUUACUUUUACUUGUUCUUGUCUUGCAACAAUUGAUCAAUUUUUAAUUACAUCAAAACAUGCCUCUCUUCGUCGUUUAAGUCAUAUUACAUUUACGCAUCGAAUUGCAAUGAUUAUAAUUUUGUUUUGGUGUAUUCAUGGAAUUCCAGCAUUACUAUUUAACAAUAUAUCAUCAAUAACUAAUUCAUGCGUAGUCACCAAUGCUACAUUUGCAGUCUACUUUGCCAUAUAUCAAAUAGGUCUUAAUUGUAUCAUUCCUAUUUCAGUUAUGUCCAUUUUCGGCUAUCUUGCAUAUCAUAAUAUUCAUACGACAAUAGGUCUUGCUGAACAACAAGCAGAUCGUCAAUUAUUGAAAAUGGUUUUACUUCAAUCAGUACUGAUUAGUCCUUAUCUUCCAUUUGGAAUUAAUUAUACUUACAGUUUGAUGACCGCUGGAAUAAAAAAAGAUGCAGACCGAUUAUAUAAAGAAGGUUUUGCUGUAACUAUCUUCAAUUUGACAAAUUAUCUUUUCUUUACUGGAAGUUGUUACAUAUUUUUGAUUUCCUCAAGUCGAUUCCGACGAGCUGCCAAAAAUCGAUUAUUCUUCUGGCAAAAUAAAAAUCAAAUAGCGCCAUUAACGCACAAUACACUUACACAGCUCAGACAGUAA